UGAUAGGUUUUGAGAGCGGUACAAUAGUAAUGUGGGACUUGAGGGCCAAAAGAUCUGACUUCAGGAUAUACUAUGACGAGGCCAUUCACUCAGUAAGCUGGCAUCACGAGGGGCGGCAGUUCAUGUGCAGUCAUUCUGACGGCAGUCUGAGCAUGUGGAAUCUGAGAAACACCGCCAAACCUUUUCAAGUCACCUUCCCUCAUGGUAAGACUCAAAGAGAUGGUAGAAAAGAGUCAUGUAAACCCAUUCUCAAGGUCGAAUACAAGACCUCCAGAAACAGUAGUGAAGCAUUUGUUGUCUUCUCCGGGGGUCUUUCGUAUGAUAAGGCAGGACGGAGACCAACCCUAACCAUCAUGCAUGGCAAAGCCAUCACAGUGUUAGAGAUGGACUAUCCAAUAGUGGACUUCCUAGUGCUCUGUGAGACGCCUUAUCUCAACGACUCAAUCACUGAUGUUAACAGAGAUUUUCCUAUCUUUGAGAACGCCUACCCCAUGGACAUCCAUGAGUCUCCAGUCACGUGCACGGCUUACUUUGCCGACUGUCCCCCCGACAUCAUACCUGUGCUUUACUCCAUAGGAGCUAAACACAAAAAGACCGGCUACAGCCACAAGGAGUGGCCGGUCAGUGGUGGCACAUGGACGGUGGGUUCGCAGACAUAUCCAGAGAUUAUCAUCACAGGACAUGCAGACGGGUCAAUAAAGUUUUGGGAUGCCACGGCGAUCACACUGCAGAUGUUGUAUAAGCUCAAGACGUCAAAGGUGUUUGAGAAGCCUAAGAGUGGAGAUGUGGGACGCAGCGCUGAGCUUGUGGAGGAAGACCCCUACGCCAUUCAGAUGAUCAGCUGGUGCCCGCAGAGCCGUAUCUUUUGUGUAGUCGGCAUCAGCGCCCACGUCAUCAUGUACCGCUUCAGCAAACAUGACGCCAACACCACCAUCACUUCCCUAGAAGUGCGACUGCAGUGUGAGAUGGAGGACGUCAUCUCUCCGUCAGAUGCAGAGAACACUCCAUGUUUUUCGGACCCAAGCGGUCUCUCGCCCCAACCUCAGCCUCCAAGUCCCCGCAGCAACACGCCGGACAGUGUGCGGGAUAGCAUCCCUUGCCUCAAGGUUAAAGAUCGUAUGAUCCGAAUGCCUCCUGGGUACCAGGCAGAGCUGGUGGUUCAGUUAUUAUGGGUUGAUGGAGAACCGCCACAACAAAUCACCAGCUUGGAUUUAAACUCUGCCUACGGACUGUUGGCUCUAGGUAACUGCAAUGGUUUGGUAGUGGUGGACUGCCUGCAGAAAACCGUUCUGUUGUGUAUGAGCACCCUGGAGCUGUACGGAUCCGCAGACCCUUUCCAGCGACUAACACGCUCUCCUCGCAAAAACCGACAGUCCACAUCAGGCCUUACGGAGCUUUCUGAUAAUCAGGUGUCUUUGGACCUAGAGAGGAGCAAGUCACCCACCUCAGCACCCUACACCCCUUCCCUCCAUAAUGACCCUCGAGGCACAGGGGAACCUGUGUCCAACCUCCGGUCCUGCCACUACAGUCCUGUCUUUUACCUGUUGGACAAUGUCAAGGGACCAGGCAGAAAGUUAAGUCUACCCACAGAUCUUAAGACUGAUCUUGAUCAUGUGAAUGGACAUUGCACUAGCCCAACCUCCCAGCCCUGUCCGACUGGGAGGGCCAGAGUCCCGGGGGGCCCUGAAGGGCCACGCCUUGCCCGCAGGGGGCCCGGCCGACCGCCCUUCCGCAAGGCCCAGUCCGCCGCAUGCAUGGAGGUCUCUUUGCCUGUGUCCUCCCUCACCGAAGGUUAUCCAUCCCGACGAGCCAUGCUGCAGCAGUUACAUGGAGUCAGUAUGUACUCUCAUGAUGAGCAUCACAUCACCACCUACUCCUGGAGCGAGAGAGAGAGUCGAGAAAACUCGUUCAGCCGGUCACGGAGCUCUAGCGUUUCCAGCAUAGACAGAGAGACUAAAGAGGCCGUAACCACCCUGCAGUUUGUAGAGUCGUACGGACGUAAGUCAGACACCCUGCCUACGCCAUGCUUGUGGGUGGGCACGAGUCUGGGCCUGGUGCUCAUCAUCCCAAUGUCCAUUCCUACCGACGAGCAGGAACGCCAGGAAGACCCCGUUACUGUGGCCCCCACUGGCACAGUGUUAAUGCUGAAGGGAUCCAUUCUGCGGUUUGCUUUUCUGGACUGUGGAGGUGCUCUUAUCAACAGUCCCUACGAGGUGUGGCGGGAUCAACAUGCCCCCGAUGACCCAGAUCGACCCCGCAAGCGGAAACUGGUCAACUUCUCGCCCUCGUCUUCUCAAGAGGCCAGUGGAGAUGGUCACUUAGCUGUAGUGUGUUCAGAGAGGCAGGCCAAGGUCUUCUUCAUGCCCUCCCAGGCCUGUCUAUAUGUGCAUAACAUCACUGAGUCGUCCUUCGUGCUGCGGGCUGACGUGGUGUCGGUUUGUAACAGCGUUUGUCUGGCCUGCUUCUGCGCCAAUGGACACAUAAUGACUUUGAGCCUUCCCAGUUUACGGCCUCUGCUAGAUGUCAGCUACCUGCCGCUAACGGACAUGCGCAUUGCUAGAACAUUCUGCUUCACCAACGGAGGGCAGGCGCUGUAUCUGUGCUCCCCCACAGAGAUACAGAGAAUCACUUACAGCCAGGAGAUGUGUGACAACCUACAGUUUGUAGAGUCGUACGGACGUAAGUCAGACACCCUGCCUACGCCAUGCUUGUGGGUGGGCACGAGUCUGGGCCUGGUGCUCAUCAUCCCAAUGUCCAUUCCUACCGACGAGCAGGAACGCCAGGAAGACCCCGUUACUGUGGCCCCCACUGGCACAGUGUUAAUGCUGAAGGGAUCCAUUCUGCGGUUUGCUUUUCUGGACUGUGGAGGUGCUCUUAUCAACAGUCCCUACGAGGUGUGGCGGGAUCAACAUGCCCCCGAUGACCCAGAUCGACCCCGCAAGCGGAAACUGGUCAACUUCUCGCCCUCGUCUUCUCAAGAGGCCAGUGGAGAUGGUCACUUAGCUGUAGUGUGUUCGGAGAGGCAGGCCAAGGUCUUCUUCAUGCCCUCCCAGGCCUGUCUAUAUGUGCAUAACAUCACUGAGUCGUCCUUCGUGCUGCGGGCUGACGUGGUGUCGGUUUCCUUCCCAGUUUACGGCCUCUGCUAG